CGGAGGAAGCAAACUCAUUAGAAACCUAUAAAAAGAAAGUAUCCGAGAUCAUAAAACAGCCGACUGGAAGACUAAGUGCUCACUCGCAGCCAGACAGAGACUCAGUGGAGACCUGACAAACGCCUCUGAUCCUCAGGGCAUCAGCGUUUUAACAGAUCCACCUCUGAAUUGUUUCCCUGCUACACUGGUCUCUCCGUGGCUUUCAAAUCACUCUGUCAGGGACCGUUUUUUUCUUCUCUUUUUUUCUUUUUUUAAUAUUUACGUUUUAGCCACACGCUUGGCUUCAUCUCCACUAUCUGUUCCAGCCUGGAAAGCGUGGCGCAUGGAUAGUGCCGGGGCGCACGCUUCUCUCUGACUGAGACAUUUCAUUUUUGAAAUAUAAAGUUAAAUCCAUCCAAUAUUUUCUUCCUCUCUUCUUUUUUUUUUUCAAAGAAAAACUUUCGAAGCAAAGUAUUGUUUUGAGGAUGCGCGUCUCCACUUGGAAUAGAUGUUAUGUGGUGAUUUUUCUCGUCGCUUCUCUGAGGACAGAAGCAUCCCAGGUAUCAGAGGCGCGCCCCAAGGCGAACUCCAUCAAGCCUGGUCACUUGGAAGGGUCACCGACCCCGGCAACUAACCGCUCCACUGCUGUCACCAAGAAGCACAACAUCCUCCCGCAGCAGGUGUAUCCAUGCAGUAAUGACAAGGAGUGCAGUGUGGGGAGCUACUGCCACAGCCCUCAGCAGGCGCCGUCUCGCUGCCUCUCGUGCCGCAGGAGGAAGAGGAGGUGCCACAGAGAUGCCAUGUGCUGCCCCGGGAACCGCUGCAGUAACUAUAUUUGUGUACCUAUCUCUGACAGCGUUCCUUCACCUCACAUAUCAGCACUAGACGAACACAACAAACUCUCCACCAAAGACAACUGGAGGAAAGGCGGAAAGGCACAAGGAAAACAUUCGCUAAAAGGGCAUGAUGGGGACUCGUGCUUGCGCUCGUCUGACUGCUCAGAGGGCUACUGCUGCGCCCGCCAUUUCUGGACCAAAAUCUGCAAACCGGUGCUCAGGCAGGGAGAGGUGUGCACCAAGCAGAGAAAGAAAGGCUCUCACGGCCUGGAAAUCUUCCAGCGCUGCGACUGCGCCAAGGGCCUCUCCUGCAAGGUGUGGAAAGAUGCCACCUCCUCCUCCAAGUCCAGGCUCCACAUGUGCCAGAAGAUCUGAAAGUGAGGCAGCUCUGCCGUCGGCAUUGAAGCCUCCGCCUCCAUCUGCCAGGGAAAGGUUUUUUUUUUGUCUUAAAGAAUGGGUUGUGGUUGUAAUGAAAAGGAGCAAAAGACAGAGACUUAACAAAAGACAGAACAGACUUGUGGGUUCAAGCUCACUGUAUACGGCAAGUGGAGAACAAAUGGGAACGCUUUAACGUGUUUGCUGUGAGUGGCUCCUUUCUGCACCCAGACUCAAACACGCAUCCUUACAAAACAUAUAUAAGUAUGUACACGUACACAUCACAUUUUGAGACAUUACUGAGCCUAAGUGGGGCUUGCAAAAAAACACAACACAAUAAAACAAUAAAAUGACUUUUAUUAAGAUUCAGGGAGCCACAAAGAUAGCCAGUAGAUGUUGUGAUAGGUGUGCUAUUAAGGUCAGAAGAUCACGUACAAUCAUGAAGUGUGCAUUCUUUUUCUCUGAACUCGGAAGUUUAGAAAUUUAAAAGAUAAAUGAUAUUCCGUGUUUUUAUUACAUUCACACAUUGUACUAUUCACGUUCUUUACAUAAAGUCUUAAAGAAUUAAACUAUUUCACUUCACAAAAGAUUUACAGUCAGUAACCGUGUCAAUACGUUUAAAUGAAGAGCUACAUGCAGUCACUAAUAACUGAUUUAUGUGUGAGGCCUGAUACUCGUAAACCAAAGAAUGAGCAAACCUUUACUUUCAUCCAGAAUGUCAGCUCUUUGCCCUGUUUAUAGCCAUAAGACAAGAGAUAAAGUAGUGUGUGUGUUAUUGGAAGCUUGUUUGAUCUGUCAGACACAGCUGAGAUCAGUUGUGAUACAAUUGUGUGGCUCAAAACGGAUUGCAUGGAGGAAAACCUCCACUGCAGACUCAGUGGUACCGAUACCAGAUGGAGAAUGUUUCUGCUUUUCCAAUCACAUGAACGAGAUUCAGGGAUAUGAAGGAACUGCGAUUUUUUUCCACUUCCAAAGCCAGUAAGAAUGGAGACGAGGGAAGAUUGAUUACCAAAAAAAAAAAAAAAAAAGUUUGAAAAACCUGAUGCUCUUAAUGAGAAUUUAACGUUUGAAUCAAUGUUUUUUUUGACGGCACACAGCCCUGUUUUUAAAGUUGUUGUUACUUUUUCGUUUACUCUUUUUCAAAUGUGACUGCAUACACUCAUUCCAUAAGAAAACGUGGAGUUUCAUGUCAUUGUGGAUGUUAUUACAGUCCUUCAAACAACCACUGAUAUUACCACAUUUGGCUCCUUUCAACUUGUUAUAAGGUAUCAAUUUCAUAUAUUUUAUAAUCAUCAGCAACAUCAAUAAGCUCUUUUAUUGUAAAUAGAUUGGAAGCAAUAUAUUUAAGAAUCGAUGUAUAUCAUGUACAGAUAAUAACAAAUGAAUCCUAAACAGUUCAAUAAAAUGAUCUCGGUGGGAAGAGUCAUUGGAUGAAGCAAGCGCAGUUUAAUACAUUCAGAAAGGUUUUGUGUAUAGAAUAAUGGGUAUUGCAUAGCUUUGACAGAGUUUAAGGACUGGAUGCUUGAGAGCAUAGCUCCUAAAAACAUUACUUUCUAUAGCAUUUUGUGUAAAUGGUGUGUAAAUGGUGAGAAGAAAAUGUGCUGUUUGUGUAUUUACAAUGUUGGAUGAAUAAAAAGAAUGUAUUUUGUAUCAGU